UGAGGUCGAAAUUAGCGUGCGAAGUGCUGUUCCCACCCUCAGGGUGGCACUCGGGAGCGGUAACCCCAAGGCCCCAGCAGGUGCCCAGAAUGAACCGACAUGUGAUUUCACUUGGCCACCCUGCAGGCUGGGUGCCCUAGAGCCGCCCGUCCUCCUCAAUGGUUUCCCAACUCUCGGCUUUAGCUCAGGCUCUUUUUCUCGAACAAGAGAGUAAGUGCCCCUCUCUGACCCGCUCCUGGGGAUCUGCCUUCUGGGCACACGCAGAGCCACAGCAGGUGGGACGUGCUGCUGCCCACUGGAGGAGCCCUCCCUUGGUUAGGAGACCCCUGACCUCUGACUCACAAGAUGAGUCAGCUGAGGUUGCUGCCCUUCCGGCUUAGGGCUCAGGCCACAGGGCUCCUGGCCACACGGGCUGUCCCUGAGAGGAACUGGCGCAGUAGGUCCUCUGGGCCCCCAGCUGCCUUCCCCAGUGGCCUGGGUGGAGGCAGCUCCAGCUACAUGGAGGCGAUGUACUCGGCCUGGCUGGAAAACCCACAGAGUGUGCACAAGUCCUGGGACAGCUUCUUCCAGAAAACUAGUGAGGAGGCCUCACAUGCUGCUCCUGAGGGAAGACCUGUGCCUUCCCAACGGACCACAACCAGCAAGCUGGUGGAGGACCACCUGGCUGUGCAGUCCCUCAUCCGGGCCUACCAGAUUCGGGGUCACCAUGUGGCCCAGCUGGACCCCCUAGGCAUUCUGGAUGCAGAUCUGGACUCCUUCGUGCCUUCUGACUUGAUCACGACCAUCGACAAGCUGGCCUUCUAUGACCUGGGGGAGGCAGACCUGGACAAGGAGUUCCAGCUGCCCACCACCACCUUCAUUGGGGGCUCCGAGAACACCCUGUCGCUGCGGGAGAUCAUCCGGCGGCUGGAGAGCACCUACUGCCAGCACAUCGGCUUGGAGUUCAUGUUCAUCAACGAUGUGGAACAGUGCCAGUGGAUCCGGCAGAAGUUUGAGACCCCUGGAGUGAUGCAGUUCUCCAGUGAGGAGAAGCGGACCCUGCUGGCCAGGCUGGUGCGCUCCAUGAGGUUUGAAGACUUCCUGGCCCGGAAGUGGUCUUCAGAGAAGCGUUUUGGUCUGGAGGGCUGUGAAGUCAUGAUCCCUGCCCUCAAAACCAUUAUCGACAAAUCGAGUGAAAUGGGGAUUGAGAACGUCAUCCUGGGCAUGCCGCACAGGGGCAGGCUGAAUGUGCUGGCCAAUGUGAUCCGAAAGGACCUGGAGCAAAUCUUCUGCCAGUUUGACCCCAAGCUGGAGGCUGCCGAUGAGGGCUCUGGGGAUGUCAAGUACCACUUGGGCAUGUACCAUGAGAGGAUCAACCGUGUCACCAACAGGAACAUCACCCUGUCUCUUGUGGCCAACCCUUCACACCUGGAAGCCGUGGACCCUGUGGUUCAGGGAAAGACAAAGGCAGAGCAAUUCUACCGCGGGGACACCCAGGGCAGAAAGGUCAUGUCCAUCCUGGUGCAUGGAGAUGCGGCCUUUGCUGGCCAGGGUGUGGUCUAUGAGACUUUCCACCUGAGUGACCUGCCCUCCUAUACCACCAAUGGCACCGUGCACGUCGUUGUCAACAACCAGAUUGGCUUCACCACAGACCCCCGGAUGGCCCGCUCCUCCCCGUACCCCACCGACGUGGCCCGAGUGGUCAAUGCACCCAUCUUCCACGUGAACGCUGAUGAUCCAGAGGCUGUGAUCUAUGUCUGCAGUGUGGCAGCUGAGUGGAGGAAUACCUUCAACAAAGACGUUGUCGUGGACCUGGUCUGUUAUCGCCGGCGUGGCCACAACGAGAUGGAUGAGCCCAUGUUCACACAGCCGCUCAUGUACAAGCAGAUCCAUAGGCAGGUGCCUGUGCUGAAGAAAUAUGCUGACAAGCUCAUUGCUGAGGGCACUGUCACCCUGCAGGAGUUCGAGGAAGAAAUCGCCAAAUAUGACCGGAUCUGUGAGGAGGCGUACGGCAGGUCCAAGGACAAGAAGAUCCUGCACAUAAAGCACUGGCUGGACUCGCCCUGGCCUGGCUUCUUCAACAUGGAUGGAGAACCCAAGAGCAUGACCUGCCCCACCACAGGCAUCCCCGAGGACAUGUUGACCCAUAUCGGCACUGUGGCCAGCUCUGUGCCCCUGGAGGACUUUAAGAUCCACACAGGCCUCUCCCGCAUCCUGCGCAGCCGAGCAGACAUGACAAGGAAGCGGCUGGUAGACUGGGCCCUGGCCGAGUACAUGGCCUUUGGCUCCCUGCUGAAGGAGGGCAUCCAUGUACGGCUCAGUGGGCAGGAUGUGGAGCGGGGCACGUUCAGCCACCGACACCAUGUUCUCCAUGACCAGGAAGUUGACCGGAGGACGUGUGUCCCAAUGAACCACCUCUGGCCUGACCAGGCCCCCUACACCGUGUGCAACAGCUCCCUGUCAGAGUAUGGAGUCCUGGGCUUUGAGCUGGGCUACGCCAUGGCCAGCCCCAACGCCUUGGUCCUCUGGGAGGCUCAGUUUGGUGACUUCCACAACACGGCCCAGUGCAUCAUUGACCAGUUCAUCAGCACGGGCCAGGCCAAGUGGGUGCGGCACAACGGCAUCGUGCUCCUGCUGCCCCACGGCAUGGAGGGCAUGGGCCCAGAGCACUCGUCAGCACGGCCUGAGCGGUUCCUGCAGAUGAGCAAUGAUGACUCGGACGCCUACCCUGUCUUCACUGAGGACUUUGAGGUGAGCCAGCUCUAUGACUGCAAUUGGAUCGUGGUGAACUGCUCCACGCCGGCCAGCUACUUCCAUGUGUUGCGCCGGCAGAUCCUACUGCCCUUCCGCAAGCCAGUGAGUGCCGGCCUCCCUACCUGUCCACCCACAGUACACUGCAGUGCAGUUAGAAGGUGGGGACCAUGUGGGCAGGGGCUGCUGGCAGCCAGGCACGUGUUUCCUUUGCAGCUGAUCAUCUUCACGCCCAAGUCCCUGCUGAGGCACCCAGAAGCCAAGUCCAGCUUUGACCAGAUGGUAUCUGGGACCAGCUUCCAGCGGGUGAUCCCAGAAGAUGGGAAGGCAGCACAGGCUCCGGGGCAGGUGCGACGGCUCAUCUUCUGCACAGGAAAGGUGUACUAUGACCUGGUGAAGGAGCGAAGCAGCCAGGGCCUGGACGGGCAGGUGGCCCUCACACGCCUGGAGCAGAUCUCCCCAUUCCCCUUCGACCUGAUCAGGCAGGAGGCAGAGCGGUUCCCUGGUGCUGAGUUGGUGUGGUGUCAGGAAGAGCACAAGAACAUGGGCUACUACGACUACAUCAGCCCACGCUUCAUGACCAUCCUUGGCCGAACUCGGCCCAUAUGGUAUGUUGGCCGUGAGCCCGCCGCUGCACCAGCCACAGGAAACAGGAACACUCACCUGGUGUCUCUAAGGAAGUUUCUGGACACCGCCUUCGAUCUUCGGGCCUUUGAGGGAAAGACAUUCUAGAGUGGGCAAUGCCGGCCUGGUUCUUGAGCUGGGGGCUUAGGAUACUGGGAGAGUGGGCUGCUGGGCCCCAGGAUGUGUCACACUCCUGGCCUCUAUAUCAGGCUGGCUUUGGCCUGUGUGUCUGUGUCACCAUCAGGACGGAGGGGUCUGAUGGGGAGGUGCAUAACCUUUGUCCCCCAGCACCUGGCCUCUUCUAGACGUGGUGUGCAGCUUCUGCGUCUGUAAUGUUCAUGACCUGGAACUCUACUGUCGCCCAUUCCUAUGCUGUCCAGCUUGGCUGCUGCUCGCCCUAUUCAUGUUAAUCUGUAGAUCCCAGGGGAAGCUGUGAUGUGAGCUCUUAGAAGUAGGGCAGCGACCCACAGUUCAGCCACUGUGCCCUUCGUGGGCAUGUCCUAUGGGAUAUGGCUCACAGGUACCAAAGUAGAAACCAAAUAUAGAGAAAUAAAAAAGAUG